AUAGGAGGUAAAAGGGAGAAAAAGAAAAUGGACGAGAGAGAGAGAGAGACAUACUUUUCCCAUUAUAAAAUCUAACUAUUCUGUUGAAUUCUGUCAUGUCACUCAGUCCUUCAUAUCACCCUAUUGUCAUCCAGGUCCUCACUGACCGACAGAUGGACUGGCCAAUAGCAGGAUAUUUGGCGGACGGACGGACGGGGCUCCGGGACCACAGCAGUAGUUAGUGUCUCGUAUCAGGAUCAGCAGCGGAGACGCUACGGACUCACUUUCUGAUUAUAUUAUCUUGUUAUUUAUAACCAUACACUGCUGCGCUGUUUAAUAGUUUAUUGGCAAAGUUUUAACGUUCACAAAUAGUGACGAGGCGUGGUUAUUAGGACAGCGUUUAAAAAGAAAGAAAGAAAGAAAGAAAGAAAGAAAGAACGAAAGAGGAGAAAAGACUGACCGCUGGAUUUAAUUUCCAACUGGAAUGCUGUUGUUGAUAGAAACAGAACGGGCGGUGGUGUGUGUGUGUGUGUGUGUGUGUGUGUGUGAAAGAGUGUGUGUGUGUGAAAGAGUGUGUAGAGGGCUAUGCCUCGUGUCUUUGGUCUCUGGUCCUGGAUCGUGUGAAUUCCCCGGGCUCCAGUUACUAAACUAGCCGGCAGACAGCAGCCUCAGCCCGGCCACAUUUUGUCUCUGUUCUUUCUCCUCUCCCCCAUACCCGUCCAUACCCGUCUCUCCGGGCUCAGAGGAAAUGAGGACACAGUGGAUAGCGGAGGAACGAGGAGGAGUUUCAGGUGGGAUUAUUAACUUGUUUUGACUUUUGCUCCGAUCCUGGGGACUUGAGCGUUUUUUUUGGCGGUAGGUUAAAUAAUUAACGCGAACCUUUAAAACGAACAACAACUAAAAACUACGGAUAAAAGUGUUGUUGAUGAUGACCUCACGGGGACCGAGUUAACUGGUUUUCGUGACUGAUGUGGGCCGCGCGGCGGGCCGACACUGGACCUAGCUGACACCCCACCGGGACAGAGGUUCUGAUCGGUGAUCAAUAAUCCAGGAGAGUAACGGGAGUACCUGUCCGGUAUGGAGCGGCGAGGUGGCAGCUGGAGCACGGUGACCGUGCUGUGGCUUGUGCUGACCGGGCUGGUUCUGUCACCUUGUAUGGCAGAGGAAGAAGUGGUAAUGAACACAAAACUAGAGACGUCAGAUCUACGAUGGACCGUUUACCCCCCACACCCUGAGUCUCAGUGGGAGGAGAUGAGUGGUCAUGAUGAUGAAGGGACUAGUGUGAGGACCUAUCAGCUGUGUCCUGGAGACAGCAGCACAUCUCAUUGGCUUAGGAGCCGGCUGAUCCCCCGAAGGACUGCCUCCGUGCUCUACGUAGAGAUACGGUUUACGAUGAUCGAGUGUUCGUCUCUUCCCUAUAACUCCCACUGGUCCUGUAAAGAGACAUUUAACCUGUAUUACUACCAGACGGACACGGACGAAGCUACCAACACGCACCCUGCCUGGAUGGAAAACCCAUAUACUAAGGUGGACACAGUAGCAGCUGACUUCCUGCUUCGGAGGGGCGGAGAGAAGAAGUCCAACGUGAAGACUCUCAGGAUUAGUCGUUUGACUAAAAGGGGCGUGUACCUAGCCUUCCAAGCACAGGGAGUCUGCAUGGCCUUAUUGGCUGUCAGGGUGUACUUUAAGAAGUGUCCCACUCUGACGCGCUCUUUCUCCCGAUUCCCUGAGACUGUUCCCCAUACCCUGGUGGAGGGGGCUCAGGGAGUGUGUGUAGACAACGCCGAGACCCCUCCGGGCGAGCUGGCACGCCCUCCCAGCAUGCUGUGCGGUGAGGACGGACAGUGGGUCGGUCAGCCGGCCACUGCCUGCGCCUGUCGGCCAGGGUACGAAGCUACAGACACAGACCUCCGAUGCAGAGCUUGUCCAGUGGGUCAGUAUAAGGCAGGGUCAGGAGUCGGUGGGUGUGUCCUGUGUCCGACCAAUAGCAACACUUUAGUAACAGGCUCCGCCUACUGCCUCUGUCGUCCUGGUUACCACAGAGCAGAUUCCGACCCCACACACACACCCUGCACACGCCCUCCCUCGGCGCCCCGCUCCAUUGUAACCCAGAUCAACGACACCAUGGUGACGUUGGAGUGGUCGGAACCUUUGGAACGCGGUGGCCGUGGAGACCUGACCUACAGCGUGGGGUGUGUCCGCUGUGGAGACUCCUCCCCUCAGAGGGCGUGUCUUCCCUGUGAAGAGGGCGUGUCCUAUCGCCCCAGCCAGCGCGGCCUAUCGCAGCGCAGGGUGGUCAUCCGCGGGCUCCUCCCACACACCACCUACACUUUCACGGUCCAGUCGGAGAACGGCGUCUCACAGCUCAGCCUAUCGGAACCCUCCGUGGAAAGGGUCAAUAUCACAACCAGCCGAGACGUCCCAGCCCCAGUCUCAGGUAUUAGAAGGACCAAAGCGUCAGAGAACAGUUUGACUCUACAGUGGCACAGUCGCCAAAAUACACACUACACUGUCCUGGAAUACCAGCUACGAUACUGUCCCAAGGACGGUCCAGAGUCUGGUCAGUGGCAGUAUGUAACCAGCGUGGUCAGUAGUGUUGUGGUCAGUAACCUCCAGAGGUCUACUAGUUACCAGGUGCAGGUCAGAGCCAGGACCAUGGCUGGAUACAGCAACUUCUCCCCAGCCUCGACCUUCACCACCCUGCCUGACAAAGUAGAGGCCCACUCUCAGCUGAUGGUGACAGGUGUUCUGGUUGCCAUGGGGAUACUCCUCCUUAUCACCGCGGUGAUCAUUGCUGGAUACUGCUACUGUAAACACCUGUGUGUGAAGGAUAUAGAGAUGAAUGAUCAGAAUGGACAGUACCUGAUGAGACAGACAGGUAUGAAGGUGUACAUCGACCCGUUCACCUAUGAAGAUCCCAACGAGGCGGUUAGAGACUUCGCUAAAGAGAUAGACGUGUCCUUCGUCAAGAUAGAGGAGGUCAUUGGAGCUGGUGAGUUUGGAGAGGUCUGUCGAGGAAGACUGAAGGUCCCUGGGAAGAAGGAGAACUAUGUGGCCAUCAAGACUCUGAAAGGAGGAUACACUGACAAACAGAGGAGGGACUUCCUGUCUGAGGCCUCCAUUAUGGGUCAAUUCCAAUCUGUAGGUCAGUUCCAGCACCCCAACAUUAUCCACCUGGAAGGAGUUAUCACGGCUUCCUGUCCUGUUAUGAUACUGACCGAGUUCAUGGAGAAUGGGGCCCUCGACAGCUUCCUCAGGUUAAACGAUGGUCAGUUCACUCCUAUCCAGCUGGUGGGAAUGUUACGUGGGAUAGCAUCAGGUAUGAAGUAUCUAUCGGAGAUGAGCUAUGUUCAUCGGGACCUGGCAGCUCGUAACAUCCUAGUGAACUCUAACCUGGUCUGUAAGGUAUCUGACUUCGGCCUGUCACGAUUCCUCCAGGAAAACUCCUCUGACCCCACAUACACCAGCUCACUGGGUGGUAAGAUCCCCAUCCGUUGGACAGCUCCAGAGGCGAUCGCGUUCAGGAAGUUUACAUCGGCCAGUGACGCGUGGAGCUACGGCAUCGUGAUGUGGGAGGUGAUGAGCUUCGGGGAACGGCCCUACUGGGAUAUGAGUAACCAGGAUGUGAUCAACGCUAUAGAACAGGACUAUCGGCUGCCCCCCCCACCAGAGUGCCCCUCCUCUCUCCACUCCCUCAUGUUGGACUGUUGGCAGAAAGAGAGAGCCGCUCGUCCACGAUUCGCCAACGUGGUCUCGGCGCUCGAUAGGCUGAUCAGAAACCCCGCCUCCCUGAAGAUCACACAGCCGGACGGACCUGGCUCCUCCCAGCCCCUGCUAGACCAGCGUCCCCCUCCUCCCCUGUCAGCCUGUGGGUCUGUCUCAGAGUGGCUUCAUGCCAUCAAGAUGUCUCGUUAUGAAGAGAGCUUUACACAGGCAGGAUUCACCAACCUGGAGGUCAUCGCACAGAUCUCUACCGAGGACCUGCUGCGUAUAGGAGUGACACUAGCGGGACACCAGAAGAAGAUCCUCUCUUCCAUCCAGACCCUUCGAGUUCUCAAAACUCCUCCCACACUCAGAUACUGACCAAUCACCUAUCACGGCCUCCUGGAAGCUCCUUCCACCCUUCCAUACUGGCCAAUCACACCAAAGCCCUUCAACAAGCCACCAGCCAACCACGUACCAGUUGUGACGACGUCACUAUGCCAACGGUGUCCCAAGCCAAUCAUUGUACUCGGUUCCACUGUGAUGACACAAUAGAUGUGUGUGUGUACUCUUCAACCAAUCAGGAAGACGGAGAGAGAGACGGACAUGAACUCUCUCCUGAGAGAUCCCUCCAGUUUUAUAAUACUGCCUCGUUGGAGUCCACGGGAAUACUGGACAUUAACUUGGUUUUAUAAUACUGCCUCGUUGGAGUCCACGGGAAUACUGAACAUUAACUUGGUUUUAUAAUACUGCCUCGUUGGAGUCCACGGGAAUACUGAACGUUAACUUGGUUUUAUAAUACUGCCUCGUUGGAGUCCACGGGAAUACUGAACGUUAACUUGGUUUUAUAAUACUGCCUCGUUGGAGUCCACGGGAAUACUGAACAUUAACUUGGUUUUAUAAUACUGCCUCGUUGGAGUCCACGGGAAUACUGAACAUUAACUUGGUUUUAUAAUACUGCCUCGUUGGAGUCCACGGGAAUACUCGACAUUAACUUGGUUUUAUAAUACUGCCUCGUUGGAGUCCACGGGAAUACUGAACAUUAACUUUGUUUUAUAAUACUGCCUCGUUGGAGUCCACGGGAAUACUGAACAUUAACUUGGUUUUAUAAUACUGCCUCAGAGUCCACGGGAAUACUGAACAUUAACUUGGUUUUAUAAUACUGCCUCAGAGUCCACGGGAAUACUGAACAUUAACUUGGUUUUAUAAUACUGCCUCGUUGGAGUCCACGGGAAUACUGAACAUGAACUUGGUUUUAUAAUACUGCCUCGUUGGAGUCCACGGGAAUACUGAACAUUAACUUGGUUUUAUAAUACUGCCUCGUUGGAGUCCACGGGAAUACUGGACAUGAACUUGGUUUUAUAAUACUGCCGGGAUCCUCUGGGAAUACCGUUGGAAUACUGCGGAAGAUUUUUCCUCUGGAACACUGUUUGGGAUGAAGGAUUUCUCCCAAUCAGGUUGUCCCAGAUAUUCCCUCUGACUGAGGUGUGGUGCUGGACCUUGUAGACUGACUGCUUCUAGAGAGACUAACUCUGAUUUAAAACCUGACUUAUUCUAGAGAGACUGACUGAUUUAAAGCCUGACUUAUUCUAGAGAGACUGACUGAUUUAAAGCCUGACUUAUUCUAGAGAGACUGACUGAUUUAAAGCCUGACUUAUUCUAGAGAGACUGACUGAUUUAAAGCCUGACUUAUUCUAGAGAGACUGACUGAUUUAAAGCCUGACUUAUUCUAGAGAGACUGACUGAUUUAAAGCCUGACUUAUUCUAGAGAGACUGACUGAUUUAAAGGCUGACUUCUUCUAGAGAGACUGACUCUGAUAACAUGAUCAGGUCUAUAUGAACUUCUUAGGAACGAGAGAGAGAGAGAGAGAGAGAGAGGGGGGGGGGGUAAAACAGAGAG